AAUAAAUACCCUAUGUGGAUUGACAGACAAAGUGUAAUCUUCUGCUUGAAUUUGACUGUCAGUGAAUGCUUAUGCAUAUUUAUAAAUGUUUCGUUGAAUAAUUCUACAUAUCGGGUGUUUGGAAAGCUUAAUACUGGAAUAAACAACAUGAAUUCAAAGCUUCCAUUUAUUUGAUCUCGACUAGCAUACAAGAAACUAGAAUGACUGGAAUAAAUGUUGCGUUUUAUCCGCGUGCUUCGCACACAUUGUGGCUGACAGAUCGCUUUUUCAUAAUGAUCAUUCACGAUUAAUAAUGGAGAAACGGAAUUUGAGCAACAAGGAAGACCGUCAGGUCCCCCAAUAUUACGUGGCGAAACAAAAUACCAUUCUGAUGCGUAUAUCAGGAGAGUGCGAGCAAAAUAUCAGUACGUUACGGCUCGGCAUGCUUGUCGAAGCCGUCGAAGAGUUAGUAGAUAGCGCACUCAGAAUUCGAGUGAUUGAUACGACAGGAUCAGAAAUUUGGCAUGGCACUGAAUGGCGUUGUCACAGACUUGAUCUGAUCUCUGUCUCAUCAGAAGUAUGGAAAUUCCUGCCCGCUGUUUCAGUACCUCAAGAAAGGGUUCGUUUAGCCAACCACAAACAUUUGUGCGAAGAGCUUAUGAACCUGGUGAUAAAUGAUACCAUUUGGUAUUGUCCUAAUCCACAAGGAUGUACAAAAUAUUUAGCAAUUAUUAAAUACAUUGGUCCUGUGUCAGAACUUGGCCAAGGAUAUUAUUUUGGGAUUGAUUUAUUGGAAGGUCAAGAAUCAUUCAAAACAGCUUUCUCAUUAAUUAAAGAGUACUUCACUUGUACUCAUUCAGAUGGAAAAUUUGCUACAUUGAGUAACAUUUUUCCAUUAAAACCAGAAGGUCCUACAGGUCUUGGAAACACAGACAAAAGUUUAUUUGUGAAAACUGAUACAGGAAAUAAUUGUAUUAAUGAUAAAAAGAAAUCUGUACUUGAUUCUACACCACCUGUAUUGUUGGAAAGGUUCACCAUAUUUGAUGACAAUAAAAAUAAUAAUAGAGAUCAACGAUCCCUGUCAAAGGAGUAUCUUCAGUCAGUAAAAUCAAUGGCACUUGAAAAUGAUAGCAGUGUAACUAAAAAUACAAAUAUCCAUGGUAAUACACCUGAAAGAAAUGAAAAUAAGAAAUUUGGACAUGUAGAAAAUACAGACUUAAUUGUGGGUUCGAAUGUGAAGGUGCUUCUGGAUUCCGAUGUACGCUAUGGAGUUAUCCGUUGGAUUGGAACACCUCCUGGUAUUACUCCUGGCAAACUAAUGGCAGCUGUGGAACUGGAUGAUAACCAUCCAUCGGGUACCGAUGGAACAUAUAAAGAUGUAAGAUAUUUUCACUGUCGACCUUACAGAGCUGUUUUCACAGAUCUUGAACAAUGUUCUCAUUAUGAUAGAAUGACGAAAAUUGACGAUUCAACAGCAUCGGUUUCAGAUAAUUUCGGAAAUAUGGAAAGCUCUGUAAUUGUCGGUAUGGUACGUCCUAUUUCGGUGAAAGGAAAUUUGGAAAGUAUUUGCGGAAAAUACCGAGGGAUUCAAGGUCAUCAUAAUUCAUGCUAUUUAGAUGCCACUCUUUUUAGCAUGUUUACAUUUACUAGCGUUUUCGAUAAUCUCUUAUUUAGACCGCCAAAUGAAAAAGACUGCCCGCAAUAUGAAGAAGUGCAACGGGUAUUACGUGAAGAAAUUGUAAAUCCACUUAGAAAAAAUAUGUUUGUUAGAGCUGAUCGCGUAAUGAAACUACGAACUUUGCUCGAAAAAUUGUCAUCGGUAUCUGGGCUUACCAGUGAAGAAAAAGAUCCUGAAGAGUUCUUAACAUCUCUGGUUGCUCAGAUUUUAAACGCCGAACCAUUUCUGAAACUAAGUUCCGGGCAAGAUGCAUAUCAUUAUCAAUUGUUCGUUGAAAAAGACGAUCAUUUAAAUCUUCCAACGGUGCAACAAUUACUAGAACAGAGUUUCCUUACGAGUAAUAUAAGGUUAAAAGAAGUUCCUUCAUGUCUUAUUAUACAAAUGCCUCGAUUUGGAAAGUCAUUUAAAAUGUAUCAAAAAAUUCAACCUACCCUACUACUUGACGUAACAGACAUAAUUGAAGAUUCUCCUAGACAAUGUACUGUUUGUGGAAAAUUAGCAGAAUUUGAAUGCAAAGAAUGUUAUGGAGAAUGCGGUGUUGGACUCGAAAGCAUUGCAUUUUGUUUGCAAUGUUUGGAAAAGGUACAUCGUCAUGAAAGGAGAACAAAUCAUGAACCAAAGAAGCUUGUAGUACCAAUGGAAUUUACCAUUUUACAAGAACAUUGUCCUGUUCCGAGGUUGUAUCUCGAAUUAUCAGCAGUAGUGUGCAUUGAAACAUCACACUACGUAUGUUUCGUAAAAUGCGGUUCCGGGUCUGAAGCACCAUGGUGUUUCUUUGAUUCUAUGGCCGAUAGAAAAGGAGAACAAAAUGGUUACAAUAUACCGGAAAUGGUCCCGUGUCCCGACUUUCCAUAUUGGUUAAGCGAAGAAGGUGGAAAUUAUCUAACCGAAUUAACAGACGAUCGUCACCUACCAGAGCAUGCAAAAAGACUUUUAUGCGAUGCAUACAUGUGCAUGUAUCAGUCCCCUGAUGUUAUGAUGUACAAAUAAGUCGAAUUGCCUGAUAUUUUAGGUAAGUUAGGUUUAUAAGUAUAGGCAUACGUUUGUGCUUGUUGAUUUAUUAUUUAUUUAAUGUACACAAGCUAAUCCGGUAAAGCUAAUUUCUAUAUAGUAAAUACAUCUGUUUUUAAAGAAGUAAAGACAAAAAUCGUGUAGAAUUGAAUUAUGUUGAAAUGUAAAGUUAAUUCAAAUGCUGCUGAAAACGUGCAGUGUUAAGGAAACUAAAAUUAUAUGUAUAUUAUACAAAUCGCUUGAAAAUUACUGUUUUUAAUCAAAACCUAGUAAUCUAAAAUUCGAGCAUACUGGUUUAUUUUGUCAUUCAUAGUUAUAUAUGUAUAUAUAGAUGUAUAUAUUCAUCAGUAACAUAAAAUUAAAUUUCAUUCUAUAUCGAAGUUCUAAGAAAAUCUACUAUGUAUACGUAAAAUUUACAUACUAUAUCUUUUUAUAAAUUUAUUUGAGAUUACUUCAAUAGAUCGAUUGAAAAUCAUGAUAAUUCACAAAAAUGAAUAUUUAUCGUGUCAAUACACAAAUUAUAUUCGUGGACAUCUAUUAAAAAUGAUACAUGUAUAUGAAACAUGGAAGGAUGUAGUUUUAUAUUAAAAGUUUAUAAAUACGUCAAAAACAUUUCGUGACCAACUUUUCCUGUAAAAAGCACAAAUAGCUAACAAAUCUUUUGUAACUUAAAAAUAUGACUAGGAUUCAGAAGUUAAUGCUGCACUUUUAAAUCUACUAUUGCUCUAAUGAUUUUGUACUCCCAUUUUAUAAUAUGGAUUAGAAAUGCUUUAGUUUUACUCUUAUUGCCAUAAUAAUUGAACAAAAAGAGAAUAACUUAGUACAACAUCAAUUUAAAAACCCACUAAGUUUGUUGUUGCUUUUAUAUUUAAAUAGUAAGAAGAUUUUCACAGAUAUUUUAAAUAUGAAUAUUUAUGUCACACGGAAAAAAAAUCUAUGAAAUUCUUAAACUUACCAUAUUCGGUUAAUAUGUAGCUGAUUUAUAUCCUUAAAGUAUAUUGAAUAGUAAUAUAUAUACAUACAUAUAUAUAUAUAUGUAUAAAUGAUAAAUUUGCAAGGAAAAGAUAUGAUUUUGAUAUCUUCCAACCUUACUCUUCUAUUUCAUUCUUUGUUGACUGUAACUAAACUUUUAUACUAUACUGAAGGCUAAGAAGGAGAACAAUACAAUUUUCUAUUACAAGUGUCGAAUUUCAAACAAAUAUCACUGCAAAAAGAAGAUAUAUACAAACAUGAAAGUUGAGAAGUACGAUUGUACAUAAUAUGUAAUACGUGAAACUCAAUGUUCACUUAUGCCUUUGUAUGGCAAAACUAAUAAAGAUGAUAAAGUUUGUAAA